AUGGCAGCAGACGAGGCGGCUUCCUUGCCGGUGAUGGCAGUCACUGCUGCGGUUGGGGCCAUUGUUUUACUCUUUGCCCUUCUAUGCAAUGUUAUCCGACGUGACAGGGCAGGCAAGAACGAUGGAGAAGACAAUAAGUCAAGCAAGGCAGAGGAAGCUUCUAGUGGUGACAGAGCAGAACAUGGCAAGAAAGUACAGAAAACUGCAGUGAAAGCAACCAAGAAGGCAGCACAUGUCCCAUUUUCCCAUGCCUGGCUGUCGAGUACACUCAAAGGUCAUAGUAGUCGUAUUGUGGCACUGGACUUCAGCCCCAAUGGGAAGUAUAUGAUUUCUGCGUCUGAAGACAGAGCUCUGAUGUUGUGGAGUGUUAAAGAAUUCCAGCAGAAAGAUCACAAGUACAUUCGAGGGAAUGUUGAUUUGGAUUCUGCAACAAAUGUGGCUUUUAGUCCAGACUCCAAAGCUUUCAUUGUGAGUCUAGCUAAUGAAAAUGCAGUGAGAAUAUUCCGUUUGGGAAAGAAAGAGGACACAAGCCACAGUGUGAGCAUAAACCCAGCAGUCACUUUUCCUAAGAAGCACAGUGCAGACAUCAUUGGAGUUGGUAUUUCUUCCAGCGGACGGUUUAUCAUGACCUGCCAUAGUGACACAACCAUACUCAUCUGGGAUUUGAAAGGUGAAGUUCUGGCAACAAUUGACACUCACCAGAUGAGCAACUCAUGUGGGAAAGUUUCUCCAUGUGGACGAUUCGUGGCUUCUUCAGGUUUCACACCAGAUGUGAAAGUUUGGGAAGUAGUGUUUGAUAAAUCUGGCAGCUUCCAAGAAGUGAAGAGGGCGUUUGAGCUGAAAGGUCAUGGUGCAGGUGUCUACUGUUUUAGCUUCAACAAUGAUUCCAGAAGAAUGGCGUCUGUAUCAAAAGAUGGUACAUGGAAAUAUUGGGACACUGAUGUACGGUAUGAACAGGGACAAGACCCAAAACUUCUGUUUUCUGGCUCUUUGGCCUUUGAGGGCCCUAUGAAGAUUGCUUUGUCUCCUGACGGAAGAACCGUUGCAGUUGGUGCCUCUACUAGCAUUUCUUUCUGGGAUGCACUGUCUGGAAAGGAGGAGAACAUACUAGAGAAUGUUCAUGCAGAUCCAAUGACCACACUUAGUUUUGACAACAGCGGUCGCUACCUGGUGACAUCUGGAGGCAAGCAUGUCCAGGUGAUACAUAAUGUGACUGGAUAUAGAGCCACAAUUGCAGACGUGGAGGACAGAUUGAAGUCUGCUUCUGGGCCUGGGAUGAAGGAGCGGCUCAGACAACAGCUUAAUGAUGCCAGAGAAGCAUUGCAGACCAUAUUAUCUGGUUCGGGUGAAGCUACUACAGACAGCCAGUAA